GAUGAGUACAUGUAUAUGUGAUGUUCUGUGCUCAAAGAUCAAAUGCAUCUUAUUUUACAAAUAAUUAAGUUUUUAGCUACAAUUGGUUAAUUUUUGUAUUUGAAAAUGGUAAAGCUAACAGCAGAACUAAUACAAAAUUCUAUGCAGUAUACUAAUCCCGUUAAAGACAGGGAAUUAGACCUUAGAGGCUACAGAAUACCCGAAAUCGAAAACCUGGGAGCUACAGGCGAUCAAUUUGAUACCAUAGAUUUCUCUGAUAAUGAUAUCCGAAAACUAGAUGGGUUCCCCUAUUUGAAGAGACUCAAAUGCCUAUUCUUCAAUAAUAAUAGGAUUGUAAGAAUUGGUGAGCAUUUAGAGGACUAUAUCCCUUCUUUAGAGUCUCUUGUCCUCACAGGCAAUCAUAUUGAAGAAGUUGGGGAUUUAGAACCCUUGAGUACUCUACCAAAUCUACAAAGUUUGAGUCUUCUACAUAACCCAGUAACUGCUAAACAACAUUAUAGAUCGUACUUGAUUUAUAAAUUACCUCAUCUUCGUCUCCUAGAUUUUCGUAAAGUGAAAUCUAAAGAACGUGAAGAAGCAAAACAAUUGUUCAAAAGUAAAAAAGGAAAGGAAUUGCAAAAAGAAAUUGUCAAGAAAGCAAAAACAUUUGUACCUGGAGGUAACAUCAAUCAAAUUGCCAAGAGUAAAGGUUUGACAGAAGACGAGAUUAGGAAAAUCAGGGAUGCCAUAGUUAAUGCAAAUUCGCUUGAAGAAGUUGAACGACUACAAAAACAAUUACAAGCAGGACACAUUCCAGGACAUAACAAUAUUCAAAAUGGAAGUGAAUGAACAACAAACAAUAAAUCUUGGUUGGUAAGGCUAGAUUCCCUCUGGAAUCAAAAGUGUGAGAUGAUAUAUCAUCAAUAAUUUCAUAAAGAUUUAAUUUUAAGUUGAUAAGAAUAGAACUUCUUUUUAUAAAAAUGCAUUAUGUUCUUAAUAAAUUGGAACUGACCA